AAAAAAAAAACAUUUACUCGUAUUUAUUCAAACAAAUUUCAAGGGGAUCGAAAUUGAGGAAGGCAUAUGCAGCCAUGGAAGGCUACAAGCUUUGGGUGCAGAAAAACAGGGAAUUCGUGCAGUCCCUGGAAUCCCUCGCAAAUGGCUUGACAUGGCUUCUUCCAGAGCGCUUCUCCAACAACGAGAUAGGUUCCGAAGCAGUAUAUGCUUUCCUGGGCAUAGUCAGCGCUGUGAAUCAACACAUAAUCAAUACAAGCUCCGGAAAAUGUCAGCCUCCCGGUUCAGAGGAACAGAUUCCAUGGUCUUUAUGCAUUUCCAUACUCAAAGAUUUGGAGACAGUAGUUGAAGUUGCUGCCGAGCACUUCUAUGGCAAGGACAGGAAGUGGAACUUCAUUAUAUUCAUGGAAUUAGCGAAGGCAUUGGUUAGAUUAGGUUCAUUUCAUGAUAGUGGAUAUCAUAUGCUUCUUCAAGGCGGGGAGGUUCUUAAUGCAAAGAAGCUUCCUGGGGUUCCAGAACCUCAUCUUGGAGGAUCCAGGAAUCCCGAAAUGAGUGCUGGAUAUUGUGGACCCGGGCAAUUACACCAUUUUAAUGGUCAAAUACCUUCAAGUCUAGAAGGAAGAGCCAUGGCAGCACUGAACAGGUUUGGGGACAAGGCUAGGAUGGCAUCUGAUCAAAAGUUGUUGAACGGCUUUCAUUAUAUUUCCCAACCUCAUGCUAUGAUGUUCAAGAAGCCAACUCUUUCAACCAUUUUGUCCCAGAAAGGAGUUUAUGGCAUGUCUUUUGUGGUGGGAGAAUUUAUCUCUAUAUUGAGGCCACUUAUUUAUGUUCUUUUGAUUCGAAAACAUGGAAUUCAAGCUUGGAAGCCUUGGUUUCUUUCUUUGGCUAUCGAACUUACUGGAUUGAGCUUUCUCUUAUAUGGAACAAGCUCGGGUACCAAAAAUGGAGAUAAACUUUAUCACCUUUCUACACCAGAGAAAGAUGAGAUCAAAAGACGGAAACUGAUAUGGGCACUAUAUGUCAUGAGAGAUCCAUUCUUUACUAAGCAUACAAAGCAUCGUCUUGAAAAAAUUGAAAACUUUAUGAAUCCGGUCCCAUUUCUUGGGUUCCUCACAGGUAAAAUUGUUGAACUGCUAAUUGGAGCUCAAACUCGCUACACAUACACAUCAGGUUCAUGAGAUAGUUAAACCGUCAGCAUGUUACAGUAUCUUCUUGGGUUGUGCUUGUCAUUUGUUUCAAGGAUAUGGUAGUUUGAACUUGAAUUGCAAUACACGCGGCAUUACUUUAGCAUCUUACAAUUGAAAACUAUGUAAAUUAAUGUUUUUGUCCACCCAUAUAUUGAUAUGUGUUUAUAAAAGUUCCCAAUUGGAAUGGGCAAUUUGUUGAGCCAUCUUA